AUGGGAACGCUGGGGUUUCUAAGCGAAUGGAAAUUUGCCGAAUACAAGCGAGCUUUUCGUGAAGUAUUCAUGUCUGGGGCGGGUGUCGGAGACCGGGCAUCGAUCCUAGAGGGCCAGAUGGAAGAUGGGUCAGGGCCAACGGGAUGGUCUUCGGUUCGUGGGAAAUUAAUGGGUUCGUCCAGGGGGGCUCGAAUCUUGAUGCGGAACCGUCUAAAGGUCGGGCUCUUCACAGUUGAUGGCAAACCAAUUCAAGUACAUGGAAAAACCCCUGUCGCACAGGAUCAUCUGGGUACCCAGGGUGUGUAUGUCAUGAAUGAAGUGCUUCUUCAUCGCGGCAAGGAGCCGCAUCUAGCUGUGGUUGAUGUAUACGUCGGAGGCCGGUUCCUGACGGAAGCAGUGGCAGACGGGAUGAUAAUCUCAACGCCUACUGGCAGUACGGCAUACAGCUUAAGCAGUGGGGGGAGCAUUGUCCAUCCCCUGGUACCGGCGGUGCUUUUGACGCCUAUUUGUGCCCGGAGCCUCAGCUUCCGUCCUCUGGUUCUGCCCUCGAGUACGCCAAUCACCCUUCGACUGAGUGAGAAAAAUCGUGGGCGGGAGCUAGAGGUCAGCAUUGACGGGGUCAAUUUGGGGCAGGGGAUGACGGUGGGCACAGAAGCUCGCGUGUGGAAUGAGGAGAUGCGGCAUGGCAAGAACGAGUGGCAUGGCGGCGUGCCAUGCGUGAUGCGGAAGUUCACAGGCGCUGAAGCGCAUGAUGGCUGGGUGGGAGGACUGAAUGGACUGCUGAAGUUCAAUCACCCGUUUGGAGAGGAGCACUGA